AUGGCGCCUGCGGCGGUGAGUGACGUAGGUGAUCCCAUGGAGUACAAUGCCAUACUGAAGAGGAAGUUGGAGGAGGACCUCAUGGCCUUCAAAAUGUGGAGGGCCUCUAGUAGUGGUGUGAACUCAGAACAUUCUCAAAGCUCAAACAAUCAAAAUGGAGGUAGCAAGAAUCUGGUGCAGAACAAGCUCAACGGUGAAGAUCCAACCAAUAAUCAUGCUCAAAAUGCAGAUCUUCGCGUGAGGCUUGCUACUAGCUCUUCCUCAAGGGAUCCUUCACCAUCAGAUGAGGAUAUAGAUGGUGAAGUAGAGAUUCUGGGAUUUAAGAUGCCUACUGAGGAAAGAGUGAGGAAAAGAAAGGAAUCUAAUAGAGAAUCAGCCAGACGCUCAAGAUAUAGAAAAGCCGCUCACUUGAAGGAUCUGGAGGACCAGGUAGAAAAAUUAAAAGCUGAGAAUUCUUGUUUGCUGAGGCGCCUUGCUGCUAUGAACCAAAAGUACAAUCAAGCUAAUGUUGACAACAGGGUACUGAAAGCAGACAUGGAGACCCUAAGAGCUAAGGUGAAGAUGGGAGAGGACUCCCUAAAGCGGGUCAUAGAAAUGAGCUCACUGACCUCCAUACCCAUUCCAGAGCUUCCCAGCUGUGAUGUUCCAGUGCCUAUCCAAGACGACAUCAUCAACUAUUUCACUACCACCCCAGCAGACGAUGCUUUGGUUGACAACAUCUUCAUACCCAUGCCAGACCCAUUGCAAUUGCAACUGCAAGCUGAAGAGCCAACUAUCAGUGGAACUCUGAAUACCACCACAGAGAUAAACCGAAUAGCUGCUCUGCAGGAAUCAGAGAUGUUGGGUCCAAACGAGACCAUAAACAUGCAUAUGUAUUAG